AUGAGCCAAGGACAGCAUCACAGAUGGUUUCAAACAUCCCGUUUUCUGGUUGAUGCUUUCCAUUCCAGGAACCACCACAAUGACCCUACAUGCCAGAAAUAUUGCAAUCCAACCCCUCAAGUCAAAGAUGACCCAAAUUUGGUUCUUCCUAUUCAAGAUGGAAAUAGUCAACAAGCUCGGUUUCAGCAUGCUUUCAAUACAGAGGCUGCAGAGCAGUUGAAUGCUUGGUUUGGAGGCUAUGCUUCACAGCUAAGUCAUAUGCAUCCAGCCAAUCAUGAUUUUCUUGUGCAUGUGAUGCUUUCAUAUCACUUUGAAGUUAAGGGUAACAUGUAA